ACUUGUCGCUGCCGCUAGGGAAGGUAAAGCGGUGACGGCGGCCGCGAGAGUGAAGGCUUCCCCGAUAGAGGUGGGGGACUCGGCAGGGGACUCAGUUAAUACUGCACAGUUGAACAAAUGUAUGAAGGUUCCUUGCCAACCAUUGAGAAUUUCUUCGUUGGGACAUUAUUUCCCUGCUUACUGAAUAACUUGUUUAGACGUUUCUUUUUUGGUGCCAUGUUCUGUGGCUCACAUCAAAAGAGGAGUUUGUCUUCAUGAAGAUUCCUAACAUUGGUAAUGUGAUGAAUAAAUUUGAGAUCCUUGGGGUUGUCGGUGAAGGAGCCUAUGGAGUUGUACUUAAAUGCAGACACAAGGAAACACAUGAAAUUGUGGCAAUCAAGAAAUUCAAGGACAGCGAAGAAAAUGAAGAAGUCAAGGAGACGACCUUACGAGAGCUUAAAAUGCUUCGCACUCUCAAGCAGGAAAACAUUGUGGAGCUGAAGGAAGCUUUUCGUCGGAGAGGAAAAUUAUACCUGGUGUUUGAAUAUGUUGAGAAGAAUAUGCUUGAAUUGCUGGAAGAAAUGCCAAAUGGAGUUCCACCUGAAAAAGUCAAGAGCUAUAUCUACCAACUAAUCAAAGCUAUCCACUGGUGCCACAAGAACGACAUCGUCCACAGAGAUAUAAAGCCUGAAAAUCUCUUAAUCAGCCACAAUGAUGUCCUGAAACUAUGUGACUUUGGUUUUGCUCGCAAUCUCUCAGAGGGCAAUAAUGCUAAUUAUACAGAGUAUGUGGCUACAAGGUGGUACCGAUCCCCAGAACUGCUACUUGGAGCCCCCUAUGGAAAGUCAGUGGACAUGUGGUCAGUGGGCUGUAUUCUUGGAGAGCUUAGUGAUGGCCAGCCCUUAUUUCCUGGAGAAAGUGAAAUUGACCAACUCUUUACUAUUCAGAAGGUGCUAGGACCACUUCCAUCUGAGCAAAUGAAGCUCUUCUACAGUAACCCUCGUUUCCAUGGGCUCCGGUUCCCAGCUGUUAACCAUCCUCAGUCAUUAGAGAGAAGAUACCUUGGAAUUUUAAAUAGUGUUUUACUUGACCUAAUGAAGAAUUUACUGAAGUUGGACCCAGCUGACAGAUACUUGACAGAGCAGUGUUUAAAUCAUCCUACAUUUCAGACUCAGAGACUUUUGGACCGGUCUCCUUCAAGAUCAACAAAAAGGAAACCUUAUCAUGUGGAAAGCAGCACCCUGUCUAAUAGAAACCAAUCCACCAAGGGUGCUGCCUUACAGACUCACCACAGAUCCAACAGCAAGGACAUUCAGAACUUAAGUGUGGGUCUGCCCAGGGCUGAGGAAGGCCUGCCUGCAAACGAAAGCUUCCUCAAUGGAAACCUUGCUGGAGCAACUCUCAGCCCAAUGCACACCAAAACCUACCAAGCAAGCACCCAGCCUGGCUCUUCCAGCAAAGAUCUCACAAACAACAACAUACCACACCUUCUCAGUCCAAAAGAAGCCAAGUCCAAAACAGAGUUUGACUUCAAUAUUGACACAAAGCCUUCAGAAGGUCCAGGCACAAAGUACCUCAAGUCCAGCACCAGAUCUCAGCAGAACAGGCACUCAUUCAUGGAAAGCUCCCAGAGCAAAGCUGGGACCCUGCAGCCCAGUGAGAAGCAGAGUCGGCACAGCUAUAUUGACACCAUUCCCCAGUCCUCCCGGAGUCCAUCCUACAGGACAAAGGCCAAAAGCCAUGGGGCGUUGAGUGACUCCAAGUCUGUGAGCAACCUUUCCGAAGCCAGAGCCCAAAUCACAGAGACUAAUACCAGUAGAUACUUCCCAUCCAGUUGUUUGGACUUGAACUCUCCCACCAGCCCAACCCCCACCAGGCACACUGAUACGAGAACUUUGCUCAGCCCUUCCGGUCGAAAUAAUAGAAAUGAAGGCACUCUGGACUCACGGCGAACCACCACUAGACACUCAAAAACCAUGGAGGAGUUGAAGCUGCCUGAACACAUGGACAGCAGCCAUUCGCAUUCACUGUCUGCACCUCAUGAAUCAUUUUCUUAUGGGCUAGGCUACACCAGCCCCUUCUCCUCUCAGCAGCGUCCUCACAGGCAUUCCAUGUACGUGACCCGGGACAAAGUGAGAGCGAAAGGCCUUGAUGGAAGCUUGAGCAUAGGACAAGGGAUGGCAGCCAGAGCCAACAGUUUGCAGCUCUUAUCACCCCAGCCUGGAGAACAGCUCCCUCCAGAGAUGACUGUGGCAAGACCUUCUGUUAAAGAGUCCUCCCGAGAAGGCGCCUCUUCAUUCCACACCCGUCAGAAGUCUGAGGGUGGAGUAUACCAUGACCCACACUCUGACGACGGCACAGCUCCCAAAGAAAAUCGGCAUCUGUACAAUGACCCUGUCCCAAGGAGAGUUGGUAGCUUUUAUAGAGUGCCAUCUCCACGACCAGACAAUUCUUUCCAUGAAAAUAAUGUGUCCACUCGAGUUUCUUCUCUGCCAUCUGAUAGCAGUUCUGGUACAAAUCAUUCAAAAAGACAACCAGGAUUUGAUCCAUGGAAAAGUCCUGAAAACAUUAGUCAUGCCGAUCAACUCAAAGAAAAGGAGAAGCAAGGUUUUUUCAGGUCAAUGAAAAAGAAAAAGAAGAAAACUCAAACAGUGCCCAACACUGACGGUCCUGAUCUAUUGACCUUACAGAAAGCCAUUCAUUCUUCUAGCACUGCAAGCAGCAGACCAAAGGAGUGGCGACCUGAGAAGCUCUCAGAUCUACAGACCCAGAGCCAACCACUAAAAUCUCUUCGAAAGCUGUUGCAUCUGUCUUCAUCAACCAAUCAUCCAGCUUCUUCAGAUCCUCGGUUCCAGCCCUUAACAGCUCAACAAGCCAAAAAUUCCUUCUCAGAAAUUCGGAUUCACCCUCUGAGUCAGGCCACUGGUGGGAGCAGCAACAUCCGGCAGGAGCCUACACCAAAAGGCAGACCAGCCCUUCAGUUGCCAGGUCAGAUGGAUCCUGGUUGGCACGUGUCCUCUGUGACCAGGAGUGCCACAGAGGGGCCUUCCUAUUCUGAACAGCUGGGUGCCAAGAGUGGGCCAAACGGGCAUCCUUAUAACAGAACAAAUCGCUCACGAAUGCCAAAUCUGAAUGAUUUAAAAGAGACAGCCUUGUAAUUUAUGCUGGGAUGGAGGGUGUUUAUGUGGGGGGGUGGGGGGGCAAGCCAGUUGGAAGGGGAGGGUUCAGGGUGGGUUGGGAAAUGGGUUGGGCCAGGGUAAUAAGCCAGUAUUUUCAGCUUUAUGAAGGUGUGUGCAAUAUUGUGUGUGAGGGGGGCCAUCUGGCUCCUUGCAGCCACAAAUGCUAGUCAGGGAUCUUAGAGCCACGGGGGUUCCUUAGGGAUCAGCACUCCCCACAGGUCUUGUGUGAGAAUGGAUAGAGUGUGCCAUUGAGGAAGAAGAGAUUCUUGCCAGUUUCUCCCCAUUACAUUCCAGCUUUAGUGCAAUCUCUGUUGAACUUGGGGAAGCCAGGGUGUGUCCUGGAUGUGAGGGAUAGAAGAAUUCAUGUUGACCGAUGCCCUUACCACAUAUUUUUUUCUGACUAGACUAAAUGUGGGGUUUAUUGUAAUCUAGGAGUAUCCCUUUGAAGGGUUAGCAGAUGAACUGUAUGUCUUAAAUUGUUUUCUAAGCUUCCAUAUUUGAUAGGAUUUGUAACAUUUAUUUAUAAUUAAUAUUGUACUGUUAUAAUCAUACCUUUUAUGUUAUAAUGUAAAGUUAUUUUGAGCUGUUUGGAACAUUGUGAAGCAGUGGGACAGCUACAGUAGUUUCUAUAAAAACUAAACAGUAACAUUUAUAUAUUGCAUCAGGAGUAUUUUAUUCUAUAUAACUAUAAAUAUAUAUGGUAAAGAACUGUCUGUUUUAUAAAUAUAUUCAUUUAAAGAAAGUAUCGUUAUGACACUAUCUGCCAUAUUUUUAUACAUUUGUGAUAUGAAGUGAGUAUUAUACUUAUAAUAAAGGGAGUUGAAUUGUGGCUACAUGUGAUUGUAACAGUAUAAACUUUGCUGAACUUUUUGGCCCCAGCAGUAGCCUCUAGACAUGAUCCUUGGUAGCAGACAAAUACAGCGUCUCUUUCCAGGCCCACAGGAGAAGAAGGUUGGCUAAGUCAGUAAGGAGCCCAACAGGCCUCAUUUCUGUUCUCAGACACUUGGCUCUCAUUUGUGUCCAGGGACAUUAACUGGCACACGAGAGAAGGGCGGACAGAAGUGGUGUGCAUGGGUCUUUACAGAGAAUGUGCUCUUCCACUUAGCAAUAGUGUUAGAGUAUGGACCAAAGAUUUGCCAGUGAACAGUCCUUGUUGUGGGGUUGUAAGAGGCACCUGUCUGGGGAUCUUGCAAACCAGCUCUAUGCUCCUGAAUGCUGUCCACCCUCCUGGAGACUCUUGCCUUCAGGUGGGAUCUGAGCUACGUGAAUGGCAUUUCUUCUUCUAACUGCUUUGUUGUUGUUGUUGUUGUUGCUGUUGUUGUUAUUGUUGUUGCUCUUCUAAUAUAUUUAUAAGGCUCCUGAAGCAAUUCCAGAUGUAGAGAAAAUUGCUCUGUCCUUUUUUCCUUCCUGGGACUGUCCAUUUAUAACAAGGUCAUCAUGUAUACCUGUAUAUACAUACACUCCAUCCAUCGGAACAGGACUACAUCCUUCUCUCAUUUGAUCACUCUCAACUCCCAAGUUACUAUCAAGUAUCAUCAAAGUAUUAUAAGGCCUCUGGCCAGCAAGCAUUAUACCCACCUGUCUCUGGACCAUCUUUGACAAAAAAACAAAAACAAAAACAAAAAACAAAACAACAAAAAAAAAAAACAAAAAAAAUCAAACACCUCAUCAUCUAUCAAUAGUCAUAGAGUUUUGAAAGUAGUCUCUUAGCAAUAAGACUUUUAGAGAUCACUCCCAUCCCUCAAAGAGGUAACUUUUCAGUAUUUACUACUUAUUCCAGAAUUCCGAGAGUGUCAGUCCCCAAAUAAAGUCAGCUAUCACUGAAAUCUGCUGCGUAACUGUUAACCCUUCCCUGAGAUUUUGAGAAUCAUAGCACUGAUGAUAAUGAAGAUUAUAAAGGUCUUAGAUUCUUUGAAGCUUAAAUUGUGUGCAUAUUGCAUAUUUAUAUAAAUACUAUUAAUGAUGUGUAUUGAUUAUAUAUAGAGGUCAUUUUAAGGUGCUUUUUAUUUAAUUUUAAUAAGUAUAAUAGGCACUAAAAUGAAACUCAACUGGGUACUAUCAUGGAAACAAUUUGAUUCAUUUGCAUGCUCUUGCGUUCUUUUCCUAUCUUGUUUCUGUUACCAGUUCAGUACUGUCUGGGUAGCUCUGAAUUCUGGCUUUUCCCAGGCAAACUCUUCAAUUAUCCAAGUGAGGUAGACCCUCAGCAGUUUUUGCCUGGAUAUAAUGACACUAAAAAGGUGUAUAUUUAACUCUUCUUUUUCAUACUAGAUCUGUACCUUUGUAUCCCCUGCCCCCACCAUGUCCCCUGCAAACCAGAAACUACAUUUUGUUUCCUCUGGAAAGACUUCUCACUGUGCUGUGUGCUUAGGAACUUCGAGGUCCCAUUGCCAUGCUGUGGCAUUCGUGACUCGUCGUCACCAAGGGGCUGGUUUCCCAUGUUGUCAUCUUUGCUAACACUGGGAUCUCAGAUGUUUGCCGAACAUUUAUAUUCAUGAUGGUUCUUUAAAGAAGGGCUAGAACAAUUGCCUUCUACCUAGAGCAAACUAAUCCUAACUGAUGAAGUCAACACUUAACUUUUCCUACAUUCCCAGAUUUGAGCCAGAAAAUAGCUACAAUGUUUUCAACUAGUGUUUCUGAGCUAGCUCUUUUAUCCUCUUCUUAGCUCUUGUCGGUUCUGACUUUCCCUUGAUCCUCAAUAAGCUAUAAGUGAAUCUACAAUCCCAUGCAUUCUCUUCCUGCUCACAGAUGGGGGCAGUAACAUUUUCUCUCAGAUCUAAUAAUGAGCCCUCUCUUAGCUUUUAACUGUCACUUCCCCUUCUGGUUGGUCAUUCAGUGGCCUCAAAAAGAUGUCAUCCACUGCAGGAAGGAGUUGACUGAGAGUCACAAAACCCCCACAUUUUCUUUAGGAGGGGGAAUUGGUGAUAUCCAUGUUCUGUUAUCUGUGCUGACAUCCUAAAGGACACAAAGGUUGAAUUGAAGGCUUAUGAAGUUCUUUGUGUUAGGAAGCUAUUGCUGAUCACCUUUCAAAAAGAACCUUGGUUUCACUGUCUCUCUAAUUUGACUUCACUAUCAUCUUUUUCUUUUCUGAAGUUCUAAGUAAACUUUAACUGAUCUUUGUUCAGUCUUAACUUGGACUCUAUCCAGAGCCCAAAACCAGAAAAGAGUGCCCUAUGCCAAGAAGUUUAAGUGAGCUAUCUCUGCAGCAGCACUUCUCAGCCAAGGGCAGUUUUGUCCACCAGGACACAUUUGACAAUGUCUGCAGACAUUUGGUUGUGAUGGGCUGCUCCCAGCAUCUAGUGGGUAGAGGCCAGGGAUGUUGCUAGGCAACCUCCAGAGUGUUCCGGCCCAUUACUAGUACCAAGGUUAAAAAGUACUGCCUGAGACCAUUCCAGGCCAACCACUCUGCAGAAUUUGCCUUCUGGCCUUGGCCUUUCCAGGCUCCAUAACUGCAAGAGUGAAUUCCUCAACAUUGUAUUCUCUUUAAGAAUCCUCUACCACUGUUCUCAAAUCCUUACUAUCCUAUUGUUUGUUUCCAUUGUCUUGGACCUGCUAAAAGGUGCAUACUUUGGGAGGAAACCAGAGUUACUUUAUAUAUGUUUGAGAACUUAAAUUCUAGGUUAGCAUCCUUAGAAGAUCUUUCUUAGCCGUGAGGCUUAUAUUUAGAAGCAAGCAGCAGCCUGGCAGAUUGGCAUGAUUUUUACCAACUGCUCAAAGGCAUCAUAGCUUUCAGCUGUGUCUACGGAAAGAAAAUGUCUUUGUUUUUUUUAUUCAAGUCGUUUAAUAGCUCUUUAAAAAUAUUAGCAUAUGGCAGACUGAUUAGAAGCAAAACUCUUUCUUGGUGGUUGUGAUGUGGCUAUUCUAGAAGUAUUGUGCUGUAUGCUUUGGUUAAAUCUGUUUUAAAACAUGCUUUAAGACUCACCAUAUGCAGUUGUAUACUUUAAUUCUAAGUAAACCUAUCCUGGUCAGUCUCUAGUCAUGCUGUGUAUUAUAAAAGUAUGUUGUGGUUGUAGAGUUAGCCAGUUUAGCAUGUUCCUAAUCAGAAAAUUAGUGGACUCCACUAGGAAAUGCUAUCCCAUUUUCCCUUCCCAGUACCUCUUAGUUGAUAUCAUAGUAUCCUCACUUAAACUAGUCUUUAGAGUAAAUAAGGAAAAAAAGCCAUUUAUUUUCUUCUAGCCAUGUAUUGAGAGUAACUCAUAUGUGUAUAAUUUUUUCAAAGGCCAGAGGAUUACUUCUCCAGCGUGUAGAAGGCUGUGUCCAUUCUGCUCACCUAGGUUUCAGUGGUCACAGAACUUUUGGCAAGGAUGCUACGUAGCUCAUUGGAAGUCACUGCUGGGGCUCAGCUGGGAUUCAGCAAAACUGCAUAUCGCUUGUGCUCAGAACCUGUGUUCUGGAUGACAUUGCUUUUUCAUUUGGGCGUUCGUUGCCUACUGUAUUGGAGUGGGUUAUUGAACCCCACAAUGUGGGUACAUAUGAAGACCCACAGAUGCCUACUUCUGUGAACUGGGACUAUGAUAGGUUUCACUACUCCAAGUCGGAAAGCAGUGGGAUAUUUAUUUCCUUGCCUCCUUUAAGUUCAUCACCAGUAAAAGUUCCUUAAAGCUCACUUAGGGCUUAAGAAAUAACAGUCCUGGUUUCUUUAAAAGAGAUUGUAGACAAGACAGUACAAAUGUCACUCAUCCCCAGGACUGGAAUCUUAAGGAGAAGGCCCCUACUGAAUUGUAAAAGGCCAGAUUACCAGGAAAAUAAACAGACAAACACAUCCAGACUUGUAAACAGUUGUGGUUUCCUCUUUUGCUUCUUGACCGGCUGAAGUCUAGAAUAUCUUAAGGGUCUGGUUCAACUGAUUAAAAAAGUCAAUCUUAGAAGCCAUGUGUGAGGAGCCAUGCAGGAAAGGGAAAGCCCUGGAUCUGUUUGCAUACACUUGAAGGGAAAAGCCAAGUGGCUAGGAAACUCUGGACCUAUUGCCCAUGCGAUUCUUUUCUUUUCUUUUCUUUUCUUUUUAUUUUAGAUUUAAUAUACUAUACAAGAUGGUAGACUUUGUGCAGACCAGUUUCUUACAUAAACCAUUGUUGCCCACAGUGGUUUGUUCAUUCAUCAUCAUUUGGCCUGGUCCCUACUCCACUUUUUUCCUCUCUGGGCAUGACCCACCUUUCUUUCUAUUUGCUGUAGGCUGUUAAAUACGAUCCUGACCUGCCUUGUAUUUUCAUUCAACUGUUUGCUCCCACAUUUAAGGGAGGGUUGUCUCUUGUUUUGCCAGAAAAAUAAAUAAAGUGUCAUAGUCUGUACGCUGGAUUUGUAGGGCCAGCAGAACUGCUGGAGUGAAACUGGUUUCACUUCUAAGGCCCUUCCUUGCUUUCUCACAAGGGUAAGCUCUCUACACCCCCUUUGAUCCUCGGUCCAAUUGGUCCUCCUUGGGAAUCUGAAAUCAGUUUCCGUGUUGUAUGCAGAUUAGAAGUUGCCUUGUUUGCUGCUCUUCCCAGGCAGAGUAUCAGGGAGAAAGAGGCCUUAUCUGUCCCUCCAUGUCCCCUCCUGUUUGGCACACCUGCUGAGAAUCCCUCAGGACUUCCUUUGGCUGGGGAUUUCCCUUCCCAGAAGGCCGAUGUGACUCAUUUCAGGCAUGGCUUGUCCUAGUGCUGUGCUUCAGGUCUCAUCAGAAGAAACCCAGGAAUUGAAAAGGUAGAUGCCUUGACUUUUGUCCCUGUUGGGUGAUUAAAGUGUUUAUUGCCAGAAUCAUCAAAGGCUCUGGUUAAACUCAGUCGACUCUGCUUUUCCUUGUGAAGAAUGUAUACUUUCCACACUGGCUUCCUUUUUCCACAAGUGGAAAGUAAAGCUUGCAGGAAAUCCAUUUUCCCUCUUGAUGACCAGUGGGUUCUAGUCACCAGUCUCUCCCUCUCCUUCUUUACUCAUUUUGGUCAGUGAUGGAGUUGGGCUGGAAGAGGAGCAGGCUAUGUGGUGAUAGAAAGAAGUGGAGUCUCACUGGAAACUUGCAUUGAUGAACAGAGACAAUUAAGCCCAACAAAACAGUUACCCCAGAGUUCAAGAAUUGCUUUGUGCCACUCUGAAUUCAGGUCGUUAUUCUGUAUAUAUUUAGAUAAUUCUCAGAGUGUCUUCAGUCUUUACUAAGUUUGAAGGGUACCGUAGUCUGGGAAGACACAGGGCAGGGUGACACUGAGACCCCUGUUCAUUCUUAAAAACAAAAAUUGGGAUAAGCCAGAGGGAUAUGCCAUCCGAUGUGUGGUAGAUGAAAUCAGUGGACAUUCUUAAUUGCAUAGACUUUAUAAUCUACUAUAUAAAGUGUAAUCCAUACUUUUUACUGUGGCCAGGGUGUGAUGUGGUUGUUAAUCUUUUUAAUUUUUAAAUCCAAACUGAAUUUAAAGUGUUGAAUACUUAAAAUUCCUCACAAGCUAAUUAUGAACCAUUUGUAAAGUGUUUCUAUAACUCUUUGUAUCAUGUGUUGGUACAUCUUAUCAAGUUUUUUCUGGCAUGUAUUCCAUUCUAAACUUCUGUAAAAUUUCUAUUGUUGCUGUACAUAUUCUACAAAUAUCUACUCUGUGGUUCCCUUCAUUAGCAGCAUGAGGUGGUUAAUUUUUACUGAGCACAAUGUAUUUUUGAAUGGAUCUUCCCACAUGUCUUUAAUAAAAUGCAGAUUUUGCACUGACUGAUGUGACUGCCGGGCUUUCCCAAUCUUGAGCACUGUGGUCCUUCUUGCCUUUGAACAGCAAGCAGCUCCAUUUUAAUUCUUUCUUUGUAAACAAGAAUAUGUUCGAAUUCAAAUGAGGGGCAAUGGGCCUUUGAAGUUGUAAUCAGUUUAAAGGAGUGAAAUUAAUGUAAAACAAAGCAAAUCCUGUUACUUAAUGAUUUUUUUUCUACUUAUAAAGUUCUUUUCCCCUUA